GUAAGAGGGACUCGUACAACGUGUGAGGGGACGCCAGCGUUCCUCCAGCUCUGUGGUCUCCUCUUCAGUUACAUACUGUAUGUAGUGGCCUUUGUCAUUGUCUGGCAAAUUCAGGCUUCCAAAGUGGUGCAGACCCAGGGCCCCCUGUCCUCUCUGUCACUAAAGCUGGACCUUACACCAAUCCUGGAUGUAUCUCCUCAUCUCUUAGGUCUGGGACUCAGUAACGUGUGUCAGUGACAAGGGUCAGAUCACAAUGAUUCCUCCAGGAGAAUGCAUGUAUGCGGGGAGAAAAAGAAGAAAACCAGUACAAAAACAAAGGCCAUCAUCAGGGGGUGAAAAAUCAAACCCUUCAAAAAGACACAGAGAUCGCCUAAAUGCAGAGUUAGAACGACUAGCCAGCCUGCUGCCUUUCCCUCCAGAAAUAAUUACAAAACUGGAUAAACUGUCCAUCCUGCGUCUCAGUGUGAGCUACUUACGAGUGAAGAGUUUCUUCCAAGCAAUUGAGGAACAGCACUCCAAGAAGCCGAUCGGUCACGCAAUAAAAGAAGACAACCCAUCCGGAGGGAUUGCCAUGCCAGAAGGAGACCUGCUACUAGAGUCAUUGAAUGGGUUUGCUCUGGUUGUGAGUACAGAAGGGAUGAUAUUCUAUGCUUCAGCCACAAUAGUAGACUACCUGGGCUUCCAUCAGACUGAUGUCAUGCAUCAGAAUGUCUAUGAUUACAUCCAUGUGGAUGAUCGGCAAGAAUUCUGCAGGCAGCUUCACUGGGCUAUGAAUCCACAGCAGAUGGUGCAUUCACAGGAAUCACAAACAGAAACAGGAGAAGACUUCUUCCUCAAAAAACUGUUCAAAGCACAAGAGUCAGACUCCAACACUUCAGAGUACUCCUCAUUUCUCAACAGAUGCUUUGUGUGCCGAGUCCGUUGCCUCCUGGAUAGCACUUCUGGAUUUCUGACAAUGCAGUUUGAAGGAAAACUGAAGUUCCUCUUUGGGCAAAAGAAGAAAGGAUGCACAGGAACUGCUCCCGCACCACAGAUGGCAUUGUUCUGCAUAGCCGUGCCACUUCUGCUUCCUCCUGUCGCUGACAUGAAAAUGAAGAGCGUUCUUGUGAGGGCACAGAAAAAACCUGGUGCGCCUUUCAACAUGGAAAACACAGCAAAACCUUUCCCAGGUAUGAGUGAUGGGGAAAACAACGGAAGGAAUGGCCAUCAAGGGGUAUGCUACCCAAACACUUUACACGACACAGAAAAUCAGAUGAAGUCAAUGAAUGCAGGUGAUGGUGGAAUUUCAUUGUUGAAAGUGAGAACAAAUGAAGAGCAAUGGGUUUGGGUUGAGGCAAACACCCCACUUCUGUACAGGAAUGGAUGCUCAGACUAUGUUAUAGUCCCAAAACAAGCCCAGAGGGAUGAUGAGUCUCUGGUCAAGAAACAGAAUAAUAUACUUGGCAUGAAGGGAAGUAGAGAAGCCCUGUGUGAACCACCAGCGCUACUAAAACAGCAUCUUACAUGGGCAAAACACGAGAAAGAAGAUCUGAAAAUAAAGUUUCAUCCAACGAAGAGUGACUCUUUUCUGCAGGAGGAAAGCAUUCUUUCUAAGCAUUUUUCUAGCAUGCAAAAUCACUGCAAUGCCAGUAGCGGAUGGACAGUAAAAAAUUCAGUUGGAUCUAGGUCAGGUCACCAGUUUAUAGGCUCUUUCUCAAGUAGGACAGGCAGGCCAUUUUACAGCAUGGACCAAAGCCAUUCUGUGGUGCACAUGGCAGACCGCCCCCAUCGUGGAAGUACCGAGCAUUUCCAAGCAUAUCAUGGUCUGCAGCAGCAUUCUGUGGACUCCUACUCUUCAGAUAACAUAAAAAUGGAAAAUGCAUUUGGAACUCCAGAUAUACUCUAUGACUCAGGGAUGCCUUUAAAUAUUCCUAUCAAAAUCGAAAAUGACUCUGAUUCUGAGGGCAGGUCUGACCUUUACCCAGAAUCCCAUGCUCAUAGCUGGCUGGGUGAGAGUAACGUACUCAAAAGAACUUUGUUGGACUUUCCUGAAGGACUGCAUCUUAAGACAGAAUCGGACCUCAGUGAACAUAGUUCAUGUCUGAAACCAAAGCACCAUAUGCACUCGCCUCACAGAGGACAUUGUUUUGUUCCAACUGCACACAUCAACCACAUGAACACAAGUCGGCCUUUUAAAGGGGUGUAUAACAAAGAGCCAGCUCAGUUUUAUCCACAGAAGUGUGCCUAUAUAGAAAGCAUGCUGAGCCACCAGGGGGCAGAUUGUUUAAACAGUCCUCUCUACACAGCAGCUUCAGUAGAAGACAAGAGUCAGGGAGACCAAUCUUACAAGCUUCAAUGUGAGUUCAAAGCUCACAGUAUUGUGCAGAACAUCAAACGUGAGCCUCAGGAUUCACCUCCUUGGGUUGAAGAUGAGCAGGAUUCAGUACCUGUGCUCUGCCAAAAAAACACACUGAUGGGUUUUUUACCCAGCCAAAUGCCACGUAAUGCAGCUGAAUUUUCAUACAUUUAAUAUAUUUUGAAUUUUUUAUUUGACUUUUAGAUAUAAAAAUAAAUAUUGCACUAUUACAACUUAAGGUCUUUUUAUAUGUAUAGCUUACACUGGUAAAAGUGUGAUUUGAGCUGGAAAAGCCUUAUGUAACAAACAGGAGUUCUCAGAAAUGCUUUUUUGGCAAGAGAUGCAAUUAUUUUAUCCAGGUUUUACCACUAAAAAAAAAAAAAAAAGCUUUUGCUUCUGUAGAAAAAUGACUUUAUUUUAUGAGAUGUGCACGUUUUCUAUGCUUUUAUACAUUCACAGAAUACAUUGCAUUCCCAUAAAGGGAUGCGGCUUGUUGAUGAGCCUUUCUGUUUAAUGAAGGAUGACAGUAUUAAGAAUUCAGGAAACACUGAUUUUCGCCUUGCUGAAUACUGGACUGAAUAUAUUUGAUUGGCACCUUAACAAUUAGUAACUAACACAGAUAAGACACUUAAAUAUUUUUUUUCUUUGCUCCAGAGAGCUACUGUAUACACUCUGAUUAUUGCUUUGCUGUUUAACGGAUUUGCUAUUUAUAGGUAACCUGUUUAUUAGCUCAUUUUAUCUCUUUUGUUUCAAGUUACACUCAUUUCAGUGAUUCUGAGCAAAAAGCAAAGAACCAUGAAAAAAUAAACAGCUUAUGU